CAAUGUGCAAGUCCUCGUCGUUGAUCUUUGUGUUGCUGUUCGCCUUCCUUUUCCGAUUGGAAAAGUUCUCCCUGCGAUUGGUUGGUGUCAUUGCACUGACCUUCUCUGGUGUCGUCCUCAUGGUGGCGACGGAAACUCAUUUUGUCUUGGUCGGCCUCAUUCUUGUGCUCAUAGCCAGCGCGCUCGGUGGCUUUCGGUGGGCACUGACACAACUUCUACUCAAGAACAAGAAGAUGGGCAUGGACCAUCCGGUAGCGACGAUAUUCUGGCUUUCUCCUGUGAUGGGAUUGACCCUCGGGAUCAUCAGCAUGGUCCUGGACGACUGGUCGAGCCUCUUGGGAUCCAAAUUCUUCACCGGAUUUGAGACUGUGAAAACGAUCUUCUUCCUUGUCACGCCGGGCGUCAUUGCCUUUUGCAUGGUCUUGAGUGAAUUUACGAUUAUCCAGCGAGCAGGAAUUGUGCCCAUGUCCAUCGCUGGUAUUGCCAAAGAAGUUACCACGAUCAGUAUGAGUGCAGUCGUGUUCGGGGAUCCGCUGACCUUCCUGAAUAUGGUCGGUGUUGCUGUUACAAUUUGUGGCAUUGCUCUGUUCACGUAUCACAAAUACCGUAAAUCGCUGGAGAGCGACCUUCCUCUCGACGCACAUGGCAACCCCGUCGACCUGGACGACAGCACUGCGGAAUCACACCUGCUAAGCCACGAGCUGGAUGAAACGGCGCGGUUGACUCGGGACAGUGAUGAGUAUGACAGUGAUGAUGACGGAUUAUCAACCAAUCACACGCGGACACUGUUUUCCGCCGAUGAAGACCAGGAUGCUGAAGAGUUGCGAAGCAUCCGAUCCUCGAAGUUGGCUUGGAAUACCGGGAGGGCCGGUCGAGAGGAGCCGAGCGCCGCUCCGUAGGCAAAAUCAGCGGCGCAACCAAGCCAUGAGGUCGUGCCAUGAUCUGAUCACCACAGUGUGUUGUAUUUCGCAGAGAUUUGGUUGAGACAGGACAUGCAUCUUUGGAACUGCACAUGAUCCGCUCUGUAUGUCUAUCAGUUCUGCAUAGAAGUUGCGUCGACGCGAUUCGCAAGGUGAAGAAGGCGCGGGACCAACCUUGGACACACAAGACAACUUGGCCAAAGUAGGAAAACGUGGCACAGUUCUGCGGAGUGAAUUCCGGAUAAAAAACCUGCGUGUGAACGCGCAUCAGCACAUGCGCGUAAGCGGUAUGUUUCAGCGAGCGGCGUCCUGGGCAUUCCAGUUCCCGUGCAUUCAGUAAAUCAGCGGACAUUUUGAAGGGACACCGGGGUUGCUGAGAGAUGGAGAUCUGGAUCGGGCCCGUUGCCAUCGCUCGAUCGGAUAUAAAAAUGGCCAAAGAAGUCCCAGAUUCUGCCACAAAAUAGGCUCGCUCGGGAAAAAAGAAAUCUGGUCACGGUCACACCACAGAAAGGCCUUUGAGCGUUUCUACAGUCAUUGAUUUUUGUCCUUAUAAAAGAGAGCGCUCCCGAAUUAGGCCUCUUCUACCUUCCCAAUGGACGACUCCUUCCAGUUCAUCAUUGAAUCGCCUCAGAACACCACGGGCCAUAAGAAGCGCCCGCGUCUCGUUACAUCUUGCGACAACUGUCGCCUCAAAAAGAUCAAAUGUCUACAGUCAUCUCCCGAGUCCAAAUGCGAAGCGUGCAAAGUCGCCAAAGUCGCCUGCCGAUUCAAGGACCGCGAACGCUACUUCGCCGAGCGUAGUCGCGCUAUAGCGGGCCCAAAUGUUGGAUCUCCUUAUGGCGAAGAACCGAGAUCACCCUCUCUCGACAUGCAUUCCGUUCCUUCCAGCGCGUCCCCUGUAAGCCCGCGCUCGUCCAGCAAUUCCCCGCGACCAAGCGGUGUCGCGGUACCCGAUGGGGACCCACGCUACCUAUCAUAUCCGCCAGAAUCGCGUCGCUCGACAGACAGGCGGGGAGCUUCCUCGACACUCCGUUCCUCACGGCCUGAUCCAAUAGGCCGAUCACCCGGGGCGCGUCCGCUGCCCCUGUUCGAUCCAGACCGACCGCAGUUCCCUCUACCAACCUACAUGUCGCAUUUCAUACAACUUUUCUUCCAGGAGAUGGCACCCGAAUUCCCCUAUGUAACAUACGACGACGUCUCCACACGCUUCAUGAAAGGCACUUUGCCAGCUUUGCUGGCUAACUGUAUCGCCGCCUUGGCUGCUAGGUCGGUUCCGGCUCACCGGCCGCCUCUGGAUGCUACUAACCUGUGCUCGAAGGUCAUCUACCGAUUCCGA